GUAUUUUCUAGAACGGAGUCAGUAGGUUGUGGCCCUGCUCCAGGUGCAUCGUAUCAGUUGUACCUAUCAGUCCGUACGAUAUAACACACGCGCAGUCUCAUGCUCACACUCUCGGCGACGGACGACCGGCACGCGAAUUGUAUAUAGUAUAGUAAUUCACUUCUCCAGAGACACUUUAACAAACGUAUUCAACGUUGUAUCGCAUUCAUUUUGUCGUAUCAACGUUUUUGUUUUCGUCAUUAUAACCUUUAAACCGACAUUUUUUUCUAUUAUUAUACAUACAAUCGUGACAGUGUAAUGUGCAACUGUUAAAACAGUAUACUUAUAUACCUACGCGAGCACAAACCGUAUUCCGUUUAUUGACAAAAGAGUAAAAUCUAUAGCCGGCGAUACGAUGAAGAGUCUCGGAUUUUCCGAGUAUCUUGCCAUUUGCUGGUGCCUGUGUCAAUGUCUUCUAUACCACGGUGCAUCCGGAGCCAGAGAUUCCGCAUGUCCCAGGAUAUGUCCGCAGGGAAGUUCCGAAGAACCGGUGUGCGGUUCGGACGGUAUAAUUUAUCCGAACGAGUGCGAAAUGAAAAAGAAGACUUGCGGGAAAGGCAUAACCGUGGCAGAGAGCUCAACGCAGUGUCUGCGGGCGUACGGAUCGAAUUGCGAACACCGCUGUGGCAAAGAACAGGAUCCGGUGUGUGGUACUGACGGCCGGACGUAUCUAAACAGAUGUAUGAUGCAAGUGGAAAUAUGUAGGGUCGGCACGUCAAUGUCACACUUGGGACCAUGCAACAACAUAUCAGCCCACAGGGAAAACUGUCCGGUAAACUGUGACCAGGCACCAAUGGAUGGACCGAUUUGCGGAUCCGAUGGAAACGUUUAUAGGAACACUUGUCAGAUGAAACUUUUCACWUGCGGACAAGGAGUGGUGAGGACAUCCAAGAAACACUGUCAGACGACCAGACACUGCCGAGAAUCGUGUUGGCGGGUAUCGAAGCCCACUUGUGGGUCGGAUGGCAACAUCUACAGCAACGCGUGCCGAAUGAAGUCGAAAAACUGUGGCAAACACGUAUUUGAGGUGCCCAUGGCGUUCUGUCUAAGCCAAGAACGUAACCGGGUCGGUUCAGCUAACGCGUGCCCAGUGAACUGCGACAAAGAAAAGGAGCGGCUGACUUGCGGUUCCGAUGGCAACGUUUAYCGUAGCGAGUGCGARAUGAAAAUGCUCAACUGCGGACAACAGACCAAGAAGAAGGUGACUAAGGUAGAUUUGGAAAAGUGUAGAGCAAGGAUCAACAAGUGUAACAAGGGCCAGUGUCCAGAUGAUGUGGACCCGAUUUGUGGAAACGAUGCUCAGAAUUACAAAAAUCAAUGCCAAUUGGACCAGGCAACUUGUUUGAGAGGAAUACAAAUGGCACACUUGGGCAGGUGCUCGUCUCUGCUGUCCACCGAAAAAUGCCCAACGAGCUGUGAAAACGAACGCGAAGAACCGGUGUGUGCGUCCGACGGCAACGUUUACAGGUCGGAGUGCGAUUUGAAGAUGAACACAUGCGGGCAAAAAGUCGUUGCCGUUCCGCCGCACCACUGUCCCACGACGGCCCUGUGUCACCAACAAUGUGAAAAGACUAAAGAGUUUGUUUGUGGAUCUGACAACAAACUCUACAGGAACGAAUGCGAAAUGAAACGCGAAAACUGCGGAAAACACGUGUACGUGGUGCCCAUGAAGAGGUGUCUGACCGGAUUCCAGUUCAAAGGAUGCCAGCGUGUGUGUCCGACUCUGUACGACCCGAUUUGCGGCACCGACCUGAAAACAUACAGCAACGACUGUUUCUUGGAGAUGGAGAACUGCCGGUCCCGGUCGCUGGUCAGCAAACAGUAUCACGGCGUUUGCGGGCAGCCAACCGAAGAGCCCAAAAACUAUUUGUACUGAUCCUACAUAAUAUUUAUUAUUUAUUUUAUUAAUAUUAUUAAACUAUAAUAUUCAUGAUAUGGUAAACAAAUAUUAUAAUUAAUAUUCGCGACGGCUUUAAUAUUAUGUCGCGUUUUUUUUUUCAUGUACACAUUAGACACCUGCAUACUAUGUUCGUAUUUUAAUUUAAUAUGAUUUUUUAAACAUUGGAAGCGUUUAUUUACGUCCGAUAUUAAAUUAAAUUAUACAAUAUUUUAAACGUUAACCACCUUAAAUGUGUUAGAAUUGAURUUGAUGCCACAAGUAAUUCUAUAAAUCAUUGUAACACAUUUUUCUCUACUUUUGAAAUUCUUAUAACAUCAAAAGUUGUUUUCUUAUAUACAUUUAAUGUACAUUAUUAUCAUAUUAUAUAAUUGAGCGACGUGGCAUGAAAAUCAAUCAAAUUAAAACAUAUUACCUAAUACUUAGGUUCUAAGGUAUUGAAAUWUUAUUUUAAGAUUAUUUAUCAAUUAAUAAUAUAUUGUGCUCUCAAGCAAAUUUUAUACUUAAGCAAUGGCCUGUCAAGUUGAUUACAUUAUGUGUCUUACCCGACUCAAGAAUAUCAAGAAAAACAAGUGCCAAUAUAUAUUAAAUAAAAAUUUAUAUAUUUAUGUAAUGAAAUUAUAAUGAAAUAAACUUGUCAAUUGAUUUUGGGUAC